GACAGCUGUCGAAAAACAUUACCGUGGGUUGUGGUUUGGUGUGAACGAGUUUGCUGAAGUCUUUCAUUUUCAUACAAGCAAAUUAAUCAAAAACACACCGGCAUUUGUUUUUACGAAAUGAAAAACUGUUAAUAGUUAUUCCUCGUAGUGCUUAUUUACAUAUUAUCUAGAAAACAAGAUAUAAAAAUGGCUUCGGCUGGAUCAAGUGGUUCCGGCAGGGGAAGGGGACAAGCUGUAGGUGACCAAAAAGAGUCAAAAGAAACCAAACCCAACCCUAAGAUGUCGAAAGCUUUGGGCACAUCGGCAAGAAGGAUUCAAAAAGAAUUGGCUGAGAUCACACUUGAUCCUCCCCCAAACUGCAGUGCUGGACCAAAAGGGGAGAAUUUUUACGAAUGGGUUUCGACGAUUUUAGGACCCCCUGGCUCCGUCUACGAAGGGGGGGUUUUCUUUCUCGAUAUUCAUUUCUCCCCAGAAUAUCCUUUCAAGCCCCCAAAAGUCACUUUCAGAACGAGGAUCUACCAUUGCAACAUCAAUAGCCAAGGAGUAAUUUGUUUAGAUAUUUUGAAGGAUAAUUGGUCUCCUGCUUUAACUAUUUCUAAGGUGCUGCUAUCAAUUUGUUCCCUAUUAACAGACUGCAAUCCAGCCGAUCCAUUGGUUGGAAGUAUAGCAACCCAAUAUCUACAAAAUCGUGAAGAACAUGAUCGUAUCGCAAGAUUGUGGACAAAACGAUAUGCUACAUGAUUGAACAAUUUUUCUGAUUUCUUCGAUGUCGCUACCCUUCGCCAUUUUGGCAAAGUAUGGUAUAAUCACCUCCUAUCAUUUAUUUUGUAUUAGUCUACAAGGUUCAUGUACUAAUGGUAAAUAGCAUACUUAAAUGUGAUUUAACUACUGGAUAUUGACGGUUCGUAUCAUCAGGAAUCUUGUAUCUUCAUGGUCCUUUUGGCGAAACAUUAAUUUGAACUUUGUGUAAUCCCCAUUAUAUUCAAUAGAGUGAAACAAUUAAAUUUGAACUAUUUAAACGUGUUUGUGAUUUUCCGUUUGUAGACUUGACAAUAUUAGAAGUUUCAGUUAUGUAAUGGAAAAAUUAUCUAGUUUGCAAUUUUGGAAUGAUGCAAUGGACAUUCAUGUGACCCAUAUUUGAUGUUUUCAAAUUUCUAAGUUGACUGCUAGAUAUUUAAAAUUAAACUUUAUUUUAUAAA